AUGCCCUGCUUCAAGGGCAUCGCGGUGAGCAUCCAUGCCAAUGGAGCCCCGCUGCCCGAGUAUGGCGUGCAGAAGCAGUCGCGCAUGUCGCGCAUCAACACGUACAUCCCGGUUCCCCAACCGCAGCUGGCCGGCGAGUCCAACAAGCCCGAGCCCGCCAAGUUCGCCAUCUCCAUCACGUUGCUCACCCCGGGCCUCGCCAUACCUUAUUCGGCACCCAAGGCGACCCCGACGAACCCUUUCCCGACGCCCCAAGUCGUCGGACCGCUACCCUCGAGCUCGGGAGACCGCGGUAGCAACCGUGGCUCUGUCAUGCCCUACAUUCCCAUGACCAACAGCGAUAACGAGACGAUUGCUGCUUAUAUUUACUUUGAUGGAAGAGCAAAAGAGGAGGUUGCCACGCUGCUGCGGCCAGGAGAAGAAACUUGGGUCAACAGCCGAUGGGUCCAGGUGCCCGAGUCGGAGGGUGGUGGCCUGGCCGAGCGCGAGUUUAUCUUCCGCGAAGUCGGCCUUGAGCGAUGGUUAAACGGCCUCGAUCUCAAGGGCCACGAUGCCGCCGAAAAGCUGGAGCGCCGGAGACAAAAGUUUGAGAAGCGCAGGAGACGGCAAAAGUCACGCGCCGAGCAGGACGCGGCCGGCAUGUCCAUGGAGAGCUCCGGCAGGCCGCUCGGCACCCUACGGUACGGUGCCGACGAACGGUCUCCCGUCGAGGCCGUCUUAGACGAGGAUUCCAUCUCAUCGUCGGACGAUGACGAGCCGCCCGAGGCUACUGGUCAGAUCAAGGUUGCCAUGUUCCGAGUCAUCGCCUCGGGCGAGAUCAAAAAGGGCGAGUACUCUCCUCAGUUCGAUGCCCACGACGAUUCCGAGGACGAGGACAAAGGAGGCUCCAACGGCAUCGACGCGGACGUCGAGCACACAACGAGCUUUGCGAAGCCGAAGACUCUGGAUCCAAAGACGAUUAGCACCCAGACUGUGACGGGCAUCGACGGACCGGACAAGCCGUAUGCCGUGUUCACGUUCUUCUACCGCGGCGAGCGCCAACUCCAAAAGAUGGGUAUCAUGGCCCCUCCAAAGUCCCAAACCACCUCCCCGGCGCUUAAGCGGCGAUCAGGGCAGCUCGACUUCUCCAAUCUCGGUCCCCUCAAGACCACUGGCACCGUGGGCUUCUCGACAUUCCGAGACAAAGACAGCCAGCCGAAAAGGCGCAAGUCGCGUAACAGUAACGGGGCCAAUGCCAUGGAUGCAGAUAGCGACGAAGAUGACGAGGACGAGGACAACAGCGGGACGAUCCUGAGCAAGAUGGAGGACGUGGACUCUAAAGAAGACAAGUCCAAGCUCGGGCCCGAAGACGCAAAGUUCUCUGGCGAGCUCGCCGACGGGGUGAACCGUAUUCGGCUCAAGCGCGCGCACUCCGCCGAACCAGAUAAUGCCUCCAGCCCGAGUAAAUCCCCGAGUGCUGGCGUCGCAACCCCACCCGAGCUGGCCCCCAGUGGACUUGCACCACUUGGUGGGCCCGCGGGAAUCUUUGGGAAGAACCUAGCAGAGGAUGCUAAUACCGUUGGAAGCCCGCUGAAGAAGGCGCGUCCGAGUGUGGGCGCCGACGCGGGUCUUCCUGGCAAUGUGGCUGGAAAUCUGGCGGGCGCCACCGCGAGCGGGAGUUUUCCCUCCGCGCUCGGCGAUGUACUCUCCAAGGCACAGGCUGCUCAGACAGGCCAGGGUGAAACGGGGCUUGGAGGGGAGGUGAAGAUGGAGGAAGAGGAGUUGUAA